UCGAGAUUCACAUUCUCACGGACUGGGGAUGUGAGGGAGCCCGACGAGAUGGAGACCUUCAUCCAUCUUUAUGUGAAUUUGAACGAUCUCGGGAGUCACGCCGAGAUGUGACUGUCACGGCGCGUCAUACUUUGGAGGCUCUACAAUACUUGUUUCCAUAGCAACAGAAAUAUCAGCAUAUCCAAAAAAGUCCCAUUCCCACGAUGCAGUCUUCUCAGCCUCCAAAACCACGGCGCUUUGACGUCAGCAGGCGGACCAAUAACUUAGCUGGACCAAAGCCUCAUGGCCCUGGGUUUCAGAGGGAGGAUAAAAACAUGAACACAAUCACCACGUCGUCCCCACGGCGGGCCACCAAAGGCACUACCGCUCCCUCCAGGACCAAAGUGGGUGUGCAGUCUCGAGCGCCAGUAAGCCAGUCCAGGCUAAGCUCGCAAAAACAGGGUUCUGCCGUCGCUAAAUCAGCUAAACCCAAACCUAAGAGUGCCCGUGCAUUCGCAGCAACCAAGAUUGUACCUGCAGCUGGUCCACCUCCUCCGCCUCCCUCGGUUCUCCCUGUUGACCCCAACUGCAAUGAGCCGAGCCUCCCGUGUCUGUGCUGUGAUGGCCGAUCCCCUCAGGACAACAACAGCAUGUUCAACCACAACCAUAACAACAACAACACCAUCUCCCUCAGACAGCAACUGCAGCUACCGCCUCCUCCGGCCCCGAUGCCCCAGAGGCAGGAUGGGACAGGGGCCAAGGAGCAGGCACAGCCACAGGCCCAGAUGGAGCUCUCCGCCUGCCCUGCUGCCAAUCUGGAAAAUGUAGAGAAGAAUUCAGAUGAGAACAGUGAACUAGACAAUAAGAAAAACGCAAAGGUGGAGGAAGAUGACGAGGAAGAGAGCAGCGGCGAUAUUGAGAUUGAUGAUGAAGAGGAAGAUAACGAUGAUGACGAUGAUGAAGACGAUGACACCCUGGUCCCUUCAUGCUGCGACUGCCCCCCCUCCCUCCUGGAGUUCUCGCUCUCCUCUUCUACCUCCUCUUCCUCCACUUCCAUCAGCUCCUGCUCUGAUCUGGAGUCUGACUGUGCUGAUCAAUCUGCCUCCAUCUGCUCUUCCCAAGAUCAAGACAAUCUGUCCAUCUCUCUGUCCUCCAGAGACCACUCUCUCCCACAAGGCCCUGAAAGCCAGCCUCCUGCUCGCUCACCUCCAUCCCUUCCGCUGAACCAGAAUCCCUUCUCUUUGACAUCUCAUUCCCCAAGUUCACCUUGCUCCCCAGAUGAGGGUUACCCUUCUGCACUUGACUCACCUUCCCCUGACUACUUAGGAGUCAAAGGUGAUUCUGAUGUCACCAAACUAGGCUUGCUUGACUUUCUAGAAUCAGUCGGGGAGUUUGGAAAAAUGGAGCGGUUCAGCCAGGUGAUCCAAGUGGCUCAUUGGGAUCUGGAGGGGGAACAGCAGUGGGAUGUUUUGCGGGAUCGCUUAGAUCACCUGGAUCGUUUGGAAAAGGUGAAUAGGGAAGUAAAACUGUCCUACAUAAAUAUCAGCAGAGAGACCACUUCCAUGGCUGUUUCCACCUCUCCUACUUUGUCUACCUUCUCACCUAACUCCUCAUCCCCCACAUUCACCACUUUUAGGUGUGAGAAAUCACUACCUUCAUCUCCACCAUCCAUCCCUCCUCUCCCUGCUUCGAAGCCAGUUCCUUACCUCACUCUCUAUACCACUCCUUCUCCACCUCCCUCUAUCCCCACCCCAACCCCUCCUAUCCCUCCCCCUCGAAAGCGACACCUGGCCAGAGAUAGAUGGAUCGACACAGAAAAGUUGGAUGGAGAUCGUAAAGCAGAUAUGGCUGAAGAAGGCAAAAAGAAAGAGGAGAGUAGGGACACACAGAGAACCACUUCAUUUACUGAAAUGGCAAGAAGAAGGAAGAAGAACACUGGUUUGGCAUUUGACCAGUACUACAGCACCAGUUUAAGCAAUACGCAUGAAGCUAAAGCAAAGAAUAUGAGCUUUGAGGCUUCCCGUUUUUCUGCUGAGUCACCAGAGACACCGCCACCUCCUCCACCUCCUCGCCCCCUGCCACCCAUUCCUCCUUCUUUGCCAUCCGUCAAAGUCAGCACUCUGCCUGCCAACUCUGAACAACCUGAGCGGUUUGAUUGGCUGAUAGCAUUCACACCUGAAUGUGAAGCCCCACCACAGCAGCCGCCCCUAGAAAAAAGAAAAUCUCUCAUAGAAACCCCAAAGAAGCCCAGUUCAUCAGGUACAUCUCCAAGGUCAGCUCCAAAGGUCACAACCUUUAAAGAGCUGCGUUUCCGCAACAAAAGCGCCUCUCCUCCGACUAAAGUGAUCACUGAGCCUGAUCCUGACCCCACAGUAAUCACUCCAGAUCCAGAUAUACUCUACAACUUAAAGUGGAGGAAGCAGAAGGAAGGAAGUGAUGGCAGCCAGUGGGAGUACACUUCUCAAGCUCAGGCCCUCUUCAUGCAGCCACCGCCAGCCCUCACCUCAAUGGCUGCUCUGCAGGAAAUGCUCCAGAGAGCUGAUAAGGAGGGGGAACAGUUAGAACUGUGCCCAUCACAGAAGAUUGGCUGCUCGAUCAGUGAUAGCAGCCUGUGGACCUUGGACAGAGAGUGGGAGGGGGAAGAAAUUAAGAAGGAAGAAAAGGAGGGGAAGGAUGAACAAAAGGAGGUGGAGGUGAGAGGGCAAGCUGAUGGAGGAUGGACUUUUGAAUCAAGAAAUACAGUUUCCUCACCCCCGCUCUCCCUCGCCCAGUCCUCCCAACCCUACUUCCUCCACACUGCUGUCCCUUCCUUUCGCCCAGGCUACUGUUACUCCCACCCCCUUGCAGAUCCCAGGCCCCGCAGUCAUGUAGGCCAAGAGCCCACAGACACACACUGCACCACACGGUGGACCCCUGCUGCCAGCUCAGCUUAUAGCCACAGAGAUGAAUCCAGCUCUGUUAUAAGCUCUGGGUUUAACGAUGAAUCCCUGGUUGAUUUUGGUGUAGAGUCUCCACGUGACUAUGGGGAUAAGUUUAAGCAAAGCACACGUUCAGCAUACCAAUAUAACAGCGAUCCCAAAACCAGUGAAACGGACUUUGCAACUGACUCAAUCUGUAAUUUUGACUCCCUUUACGGAAGUGAUUCAGAGAGGCAGAAUGAUGCUCACACUGCCUCUGAAGCACCUGUUAGUAGCACAAAUGAAGCGCCAGGUUGCACCACACCAUAUAAGAAUAUUGAUGUUAUGUUGAUGUAUUCAAACAGCAGGAGUGCUAUGGAUUCGCUGUAUUCAGAAAAGCGCUCACACUCACAGUCAGACCAGGACAGCAUCAAGGCUAGGGCAUCCAAAGAGCUUCCUCCUCUCCCCACCUGUUACCUGUACCACCCUAAGAACUGCCCGCUUCACAGGGGUGCUCCCCCUCGCCUCUCCCCUAUCGGAGCCCUCUCCCCUCCCCACCGCUCUGGAGCACCCCCUCCAGGUGCAGGAAGCUCCUCCCUCAGCUCUCCGCUUUUCCCCCGCUCUCACACCUUGCCUGCCCUCGCUGCUCCCCUCUACUAUCCAAACCUCUACCCUCCUAUACCGCCCAGGGCGCCCCCCCUACCCCCAAAACUCUACCAGGCUCCUCUGCAGUCACGCGUGGCGAUGUCGCUGUCAGCUGUUCGCAGUGUCUCAUUCGCUGGCUCUGUGCAGAAGACAGAGACACCCUGGAUGGGUGAAGAUGUUAAGCAUCCAAUGAGAGGUCUUGGCCUGUCCUCUCUGUGCCUCCAGGAAAAGAAAGCUCUGGUCGGUGCAGUCAGUGUGGCAGUGGAAGCCAUAUUGGCCCAGUUCAGUUCUUCAAGGACUGUAGUUCAGAAGUCCCUCUCAGUUAACAGGGCCUUAUCAGGAGACAGCGCUAUAAAUCCAUCACUGGGCCGCCUGGUGCUGCAGUGCCUCUGCCCUGCCCUUCACAGCUUGCUGACUGAUGGCUUGAAACCUUACCAGAGUGACCUGAUUGCAGGCAGGAGGCCAAAUUCUGCCUGGAGUCUAGUCCAGGCCUCAACCAGGGCAGGUCCUAAAACUCAUGCCUUGUUCAACCUGCAAGUGCGAGUUGGCGAGCUGCCCCACCUCAGACAGAGCAAGCACAGGUUCAACGCAUUCCUCCUCGGCCUACUGAAUACCAAGCUUCUUGACUUCUGGCUGUCUCACCUUCAGUCUUGCAGUGAUGUGCUGGAGACAUAUUACCACCCCACCUCUUUUAUGCGUCUGUCGCUGACUGCCUGCCAGCCUCUGUUUGAGGAGCUGCUCCUUGUGUUGCAGCCUCUCAGCCUGCUGACCUUCAACCUCGACCUGCUCUUCCAGCACCACCAUUUAGAGCCAGAGAGUCACAGGCCAGAGAUCCCCAGCCCUCCCUUUCUGGAUUCUGGGUUCCAGUUGUCAAUAAAGGAGACAGCAAUAAAGGGGUCCCAAUCCAAGAUUCCAGGCAGCAGGUACACUGAAAGCCUCUCAGAAGUACACUUUGGAAACCCAGAUCAUCAGGCAGCUAAAGAUGCUAAAUCAUCACCCCUGGCUAAUUCUGAAAACGGAGGAUCAGGAGCAUCAACAGAUACCCAUGCUGGACCCAUAAAGGCUUCAGUCACUCUGGGAGAGACAAGUCCUCAGCUGUUGUGGGUGCAGGAAAAAGAAAUUGAAGAUUUGCCUCCUCCUGAUGUUGAGGAAGACAGCCUCGCUCAGCAGGCAGGACAGGUGAUCCAACAGGGAUGGGGUGCAGUGGUGCGCUGGGGAGGCCGACUGAGUCAGAACCUGGCUGAGUUGAGCCUGUCUGCAGUGAAGAAGGAUGAAGUGAAAACUGAUCUGCCAGAUCUCCAGGCUCAGGCAGGAAGUGAUUACAGUCCAGUCAGCGGUGGCACUCAGGUUCCCUGGGGUCUGGGCCGGCUCUUUGGAGCCUCUAAAACUCCCAGCAGCCCGACAGAUCACACACUACCAACCAGACGUCCCUCUCAGUGGUUUGCUCCUGGUGUCACUGCACUGACCCGAAUAGUGAGCAGCAGCUCCACGCCAAUACUAAGAAGGGCCCCUGAGCCCCCGGGAGAGACCGGAUCAGAGUCAGAGAAAGAUGUCGACACGCUGGAGAUGAAGGACAAACCCAGACCACUCAGGUCAGUGCGAACGUUGUGUGACCACGCUGGAUCCGGUUCCGAGCUCAGCUUCCGCAAAGGGGAGGAGCUCGUGGUGUUGGGAGGCGUAGAUCAAGAUUGGAUUCGCUGUCGUCAGGGAGACAAAGAGGGGCUGGUACCUAUUGGCUACACCUCUCUCAUCAUGUGAUCAUAACUGCUUCAAGUAAAGUCUGUAGGUUUGGUGGCUGGUCUUCACCUCGUACCUCAGCUUUUGUAUUUAUCUUAACCCCUUCCUGCCAUGUUUGCCGAUCAUAAUCAUUGAUAUUAAUGGUAGUGGUAGCGGUGGAAGUGAUUUGUUUGUUUUGUUGUUGCUUAAAUGAAAAAAAUUUGUUGUUUUGUGUCAUAUAUUUAUUAGUUAUCUGUAUUGAUGACUAUGCAUAUAUUUAAAUGUGCAACUAGAAGUGUGUUCAGUUGGUUCCAAAGUCAGUUUUAAUUUGAUGUUAUCAUGCAAAUGGAAAUUCUAAAGCAUAAAAUGUUAAAUGCUUAAAUUAAGAAAAGAAAAAUUAAAGAGCGUGGCUAGGAAAGGCAAACGCUAAUGGACCUUUAUUUAAUCAUCAGGUUUUAUUGCCAUUGAUUAAUCAGGGAAAGAUCCGUUUUUCAGAAUUUCAGUGUAGCAUGAGAUUACUGGCAACAGUCCAGUGGCAUUAACUUAAACCACAGUCAUAACUCAUGAUCAGAAAAAAAAAUGCCAGCACGCGAAUAUCUGGGUGUUUAAAAGAAACAAAGUCCAUAAACAGAUAAAAUAUCAGUAGACGCAUUAAAUUGUUUAGUUUGUUUCUUUCCGAUGUGAGAUUAUAAAUGCAUUUGUUUGAAAGCUAUUUAUUUAUGGGAUGUAUUAUUUAUUGAUCUCGAGGCUUCUGAAAGGAAUAGCUCACUAUCUACCCGGGUUCUUUGUGUGCCAGAAUGCGCGCAUGGUGGCGUGUGUGGAAGUGAAAGCAGAGAUGAGUGUAAGCACUUCUAUGUGUCAGCACAUCCUGCACUUUCACGUGUGUGUGUGUGUGUGUGUGUGUGUCAGUUAGUUCUGUUCCUCCCUCUCCUCCUCUUCUUUCUCUCUGGUGUCAUGUAGCCUGUAGACAUCCCUUUGUCCUACUGUUGCGUAUAGUUGAGUGCCCCUUUAGUGUCAGUCACUGUUCAGCUCCUGCAUGUGCUUGUUUGUAAAUACACCAAAUAAAAUAUGUAUAAACCAAACCUGAUCACC